AUCUGGCUGCUAAUCCCGGCCUACCAGACCUUAUUCCAACCUUGCACCAACUGCCUGAAUUCCGUUCUCCCUGAAACGUGCCGCCGAUGAGCUCUUCGCAACCCAAUCAGACCUCUACAUGCGUCUAUUUCAUCGGGGGAGGGACUCAGACAGCUGGAACGCCACAAAGCAAGCCCUUGCAACGGCCGAGAAGUACACGGCGGUACCAGAUCUGGACCUUGCGUUCACUCUGGCCAAUCUAUCCAAGGUGGGAUGAAGACUUCUUCCCGUCAACGCAGAGGCUCAGCUACGGUCCGACCUCCCGCUGCCCGUGUUUGGGCAGGAUCGACGCAUCUGCCAGGGCAAGAGAAUUGCUACAGAUGGGGCCUUUCUGCAGGUAGCCAACUUGUUGUGGGCGUUUGAUAUCAUGCCCGUGGAAGGGAAAGAGAUGGAUCCAUGGGCCAUGACUGUCGUGGGUUUCAUGACGCCCGCAAGGAGCUGAGGAUGCGGCUGAAGCCUCGCGGUGACUGGAUGCUGGAGGCCGUCAAACGGGGACCUAAGAUCGCGGCGGAGGACUUGGAUCAAGUGAUAGGGUCUGUCAACGAUGUGGAGAGGUAAGCGGAUACAGUAUUGAUUGCUGUUGGUGUUAAGAGGUAAUGUCGGUUGAAGGACUGAUG